AUGCUUCAAAAGUUUUUUAGGUCAAGCCUUGCUGGGCUGCAAGAGUACAACUCCCUGACCUGGUUCCACCAGGAUAGGGCCACCUGCCACACGUCUAAUGCCAGCAUGGAGGUCGUACAGGAGCUGUUCCCCGGUAAAGUCAUCUCAAGGAGAGUAUAUACUACUACUACUACUAACAUCGAGUGGCCACCACGAAGCCCAGACUUGUUCCCACCGGAUUUCUUUUUGUGGGGAUUUCUCAAGAAUAAGGUCUAUUCCAAUAAACCGAGGACAAUUACUGCCUUAAAAGCGAACAUUCGAGCAGAAAUGGCGGCCAUAUCGACAGCAACGUGCCGGCAUGUUUUUGAAAAUUUAAAGUCCCGCUUAGAAGAGUGUUUGCGGCGAGACGGGGAACACCUAGACGAUGUUAUUUUCAAGAAGUAA